ACUGAACCUGGGCGGUGAAAUAAAAACACCCCUGUUUUGUGCCAAUCACUUGGUUGCAACGGUCCUCACGCAGUAACCUUUAGUUACCGCGGGCUACUGAACUAAAGGUUAGUGUGGCUUAGUUACCGCGGGCUACUGAACUAAAGGUUAGUGUGGCUUAGUUACCGCGGGCUACUGAACUAAAGGUUAGUGUGGCUUAGUUACCGCGGGCUACUGCACUAAAGGUUAGUGUGGCUUAGUUACCGCGGGCUACUGAACUAAAGGUUAGUGUGGCUUAGUUACCGCGGGCUACUGAACUAAAGGUUAGUGUGGCUUAGUUACCGCGGGCUACUGAACUAAAGGUUAGUGUGGCUUAGUUACCGCGGGCUACUGAACUAAAGGUUAGUGUGGUUUCACACUAUAGGUUAGUGUAUGAGUGCUACAAUAAUGUUUGGUGUAAAACCACCGUUCAAAUCCAUAAGGGUUUAGAUGUGUUUAUUCCACUGAAGACACCUGUGGUGCUGGUGCUGUCUUCAGACCAAUUGCCUUUACCUUCCUUACAGAAGUAUGAACAGACACACUCCCACUGUGCUCUCCUUCCUCCUGGAGGGGGAGAUCCUGUCCCUCGAAGUGUGGACUGUGGGACUAGGGGUGUUGGUUGCCUGGCUGGUUGGCCUGAUCUUGGUCAACACUGACCUGUUCUUGCCGAAGUCAGCCCCGUCCACACUGGAGCAACUUGAGAGCACGCUGCUCAAAACGACGACCGGAGACGAGGAGACUUUUGAAGCCAGGGGUCUGUGGGAGGAAAACGGUGCGGUGGUCAUGGCUGUGAGGCGCCCUGGAUGUUCGUUGUGUCGAGAGGAGGCUGCUGGGCUGUCCUCUCUGAAGCCUCAGCUCGAUGAGCUCGGGGUCCCCCUUUAUGCCGUGGUGAAGGAGGACAUUGGUACAGAGAUCCAGGAGUUCAGACCCUACUUCAGUGGGGAGAUCUUUGUGGACGAGGAGCAAGCUUUCUAUGGUCCCAAGCCGAGGAGGAUGGGACUGGGCUUCAGUCUGGCUCGUCUGGGAGUUUGGCAGAACCUCCUUCGUGCCAGGAAGAAGGGUUAUGAGGGUAACAGGAAGGGGAAGGGCCUCAUCCUUGGUGGCGUUUAUGUGAUUGGAGCAGGGAAAAAUGGUAUUCUCCUGGAGCACCGAGAGAAGGAGUUUGGGGACAAAGCUGACCUUCCAUCUGUCCUGCAAUCAGCACAGAAGACCAAGAAGGGGAAACAGUUUGGAUAAUGAAGAUUACUGCUGAACUCAAGUCACUGUGAUCCAAUUGUAUUGGGCAUAUUAUUAUGUGUAUGGUAGGAAAAGGACAACGAAUAUACAUAGGAUAUGACCGUUACCGUUAUACAAUGAAAACGUCCUUAGUGGAAUCAUGUAUCUCUAUUUUGACCUCAGUGUUCAGUACAGAUGUGUUGCACCAGCUCAAGCCCUGGUCAGUGCUAACGGUGUUGAGGUUCCUGUGUGUUGAUGAUGCUGUGUCUGAACUGUUGAGCGACCACACGGACCAGCUCAUAUAGCCCACCCGACAGGCUGAUUCAGUUGUGUUUCAUUGUAACCUCCUUAUUGACAAUAAACUGGGCCUAUUGUUAAAUAUCUCUAAUGGAG